ACCGCCACGCCAACCAUCGCCUCGUUCUCUCUCUCUCUCUCUCUCUCUUUGGACGUUAUGGAGAACCACCAUUGCGACGAUGAUUACAAUGAGCGCGUGCAAUCGAAACCCGUGGUUCUCAUCACAGGAUGCUCUUCAGGAGGAAUAGGCGACGCGCUUGCACGCGCCUUCGCAGCGAACAAGUGCCAGGUGGUGGCCACCAGCAGGUCGCGGCGGAGCAUGGCGGAGCUGGAACACGACCACAGAGUCUUCUUGCAAGAGUUGGAUGUUCAGUCUGAUGAGAGCGUGCGCAGACUGGUCGAUGCCGUUGUAGACAAAUACGGUCACAUCGACGUUCUCGUCAAUAACGCCGGCGUUCAGUGCGUUGGUCCACUCGCCGAACUUCCUCUCUCUGCAAUCCAAGACACCUUCGACACCAAUGUCUUCGGUUCCUUGAGAAUGGUUCAGGCUGUUGCUCCUCACAUGGCAUCUCGGAAGCAAGGAAAGAUUGUCAACAUUGGUAGUGUUUCUGCCUUGGCCUCUGGACCUUGGUCAGGAGCUUACACUGCUUCUAAAGCUGCUAUUCAUGCUUUGACAGAUACAUUAAGAUUGGAAUUAGGACAUUUUGGAAUUGAUGUUGUGAAUGUCGUCCCUGGAGCUAUCAAGUCAAAUAUUGGAAAUUCUGCCAUAGCCAGCUACAAGCGCAUGCCUGAAUGGAACUUGUUCAAGCCUUUUGAAGCAGCAAUCCGAGACAGAGCUUAUUUUUCUCAGAGGUCCAAAUCCACCCCUACAGACGAGUUUGCUAAAAACACUGUAGCUGCGGUCCUUAAGAAGAAUCCACCUGCAUGGUUCACCUAUGGCCAUUACUCUACCAUCAUGGCUAUCAUGUACCAUUUACCACUCUCUGUUAGGGACUUUCUUUUGAAGAAAGCAAUGAAAUGCUGAGCUACAGUUGGGUGCAUCCAUCUUUUCGUAUGUAUGUUCAUGAACCCUACAAAGAAUUCCAAUUUACCUUCGGAGUGAGAUAUCGUUGAGAGACUUGUCGUAUUUAAUUCAGUUCACUAUAUUCUAGUCAACAAACUUUCGAAGAAAAUUGAUCAAUUUAAAAAGUAAAUCAAUAAACAGCCAAACUCAGGAUAUUAUUUCUUGACUUUGUGUCUGAACAUGAAUAAACUAUUUUUCUGCAUUGGUUGGUUUUCCUUUACAUUAAAAUGACUUUUUAUGUAUGAUGUUCCAUCUCAUAGGUUUGGGGAGUACAUCGCAAAUCUUCUUAAGAUAGGAUCGAAUCACGUCCACUAAAAAAACAGUCUGAGGUUGCUUCCUAUUUAUGGAGUGUGACAUACAACGCCCUGCCCCCUUCAGUUGUUAAAAGCACAAGUCAAUUCCAGGCACUGUCCUAAAACAAUAUGCUUUUGAAAAAUUGUGCGUUUCUUUAUUAUACUUUUCUAAUCCUCCAGUUCACAAACCGUAACGAAGUCAAUAUAUGUGGAAGAUUUUUCAGGAUGAAACAGAAUCAUUAAUAUAUUGGCACUCUGCCCUGUAACGAUAUUAUAGAGGCAAAGAAAGGCAGUGACCAAUUCCUUGGAGCCUUAUUUCAUCUAUAAAAUAUUGAAAGGACUUAUCCCCAGAAUAUACUAGCCAGUCCAAGAGACGUGACCUCGGUUAUCUUACGACUUGAAUCGGGGAAAAGUGAUAACUUCAAAUAAAAAAAAUUAUUUGGCUGAAUACCUGAUAUAAAAUGUGGAAACUGUGGCGACAGAAACGCACAGCUGGUUUGAAUGGCUCCUAAGAUCGCCAAUCUGUUCGCAGGAAUGAGAUCGAUGAAUUAUCUGAUUAGCCAAUUAUUAUACGGGCAUUAUAUUAAAAGGUUUCCUGACAAACUUGUUUAGAUUUAGUGGUCGAGUGAAUUUGUAACUCAGUCAGAAUCUCGGGCAAGUUAGUUUCUUUUCACAUCCUUGGGACAUCUACUAGUCUUGCUUCCAACAGAUGCCAGCUCCAGUCCUCCCAUUGUAGCCUUUGCACACAAAUAAAAUUCCAAAUCUACAAAAUUCGCUUGUUUCAAUAUGAGUUCAUAUAGAAUGCUGAUGAUUAGGAGGUAGCUGAAGUGACCGAAAACCAGGAGGUGCUGGGGCUUGCUGUGUUACUGAUACGAUUGAUGUGGAGUAAUUUGCAGUGUCUGAUGUGCCGCCAUAUGAGGCGAGUGUGGUACUGGUGGGAUGCUACCAUAACCAUAUUUACUCUAGGAUUGUGUGACGAUUCUUUCACCAAGUAAUCCUCCAAGCAAACCAUUUUUCUUCUCCUUUAAAAAUUGGAGAUUAUUACAUUAAACCCUCUCGAGUUUUAUGAAGGCAAAGCAUCCCCUUCCGUUUAAAUUUGUUUGAGACACAAAUCCCUUGACAAAAUAAACCAUAAGGUAUUUGAGUAGGUUUCAUAAAUUUCAAGGGAGAUCAAAUCAGUUUAAUUUCUAUCACCAGUUAUACAACUGCCAACACUAACUAUUUACACUAAAGUGACUUCAUCAGACGUAGAAUUACCUCUUCUGAGAAAUAUGUAGAAGAGGAACCAAUAGAUAAGUAAUUAAAUGGUGAGAGAUCUAGAUAAAUGAUUAAUGUCAAUCACAUUUACACUCCAAACUCCUUAUUUCGACAACGAUGUUAAACUGAAAAUGUGUAGCUGCAUUAAGUCACGUGAACAAAUAAUCACUUUAGCUUUUGAAAUAGUGGAUUGCAUUCCUUCUCACCAAUAUUAUAAACGAGCAAGGUGACAUCUGCACGUUAGAGGCUCCAAUGGGCUUGUUUUCCAAUGGGCUUGCAUUCGGUCACGAAAUGCAGUAAGAAAUUAUAAUUUAACUUUGUAUCAUAUUAAUUUUGUUUAAGCUUAAAAAGUCCAUUAACAUAGUCUUAUUUUCUAACAAACAUAGCUAUAUUAGUUAGUGUAUAUAUAACCAUGUAUCUAUUCGCACCAUGUAUCUUCUGAUGUUUUUAUACCAAUCAUGAAGGUCAAGAAUGGUAAAUAAAGAAAAAUGCUAUUUGUACCCAAAAAAAUUGGACAACUUAAGUUACAACUACGAGAAACUGAAAGGGUAAAGAGUGAUGAGAUGAAAAAAAUUUGUAAAAACUUAUCGUGUGAAAUAUAACCCAUAAACAAAUUGCUUUGAUAUCCAACAAAAAAAAACGAAUAUCAAGGAAAAGCAAAGUACCAUUAGCCCCACGAUUCAUCAAUUCAGUUCCAAGGCAAACAAGAAACAUA